AUGGGUGGAGCAGUCGUGGCUGCUGAAACAGCCCUGGGAGUCAUCCUGGCCAUGCUGGCCCCACUCAUCAUCGCUGUCAACACGGUGGUGGCCGUCGUCCUCCUCUGCCUCAUCCAGAAGAGCGGCUCCAAGGGGCUCUACUUUGUCCUGAACCUCGCCGUCGCCGACGCUGCCGUCGGCUUCACGGUGAUGGGCCUGGUGAUAGACGAGUUCUCCCAGAACUUCCAUCCUCCCCAGAUCUUCUGUGUCCUGAGAAUGGCCUUUGUGACCUCCUCCUCCGCCGCCUCCAUCCUCUCCCUGAUCGUGGUGGCGUGCGACAGGCACCUGGCCAUCAGGAAGCCCUUCCACUACGGCCAGCUGGUGACGGGCACACGCGUGGGCCUGCGUGUGCUGGGGGUCUGGCUGGUCGCCGCCGUCAUCGGCUUCCUCCCCGCCCUCAACCCGGACUUCCAGACGUUCUCCACCUCUAAGAAGUGCUUCUUCUUCGGGGUCUUCCGCCCUGCCUACAUGCUCACCGUCUUCUGCGUCGGCUUCCUCCCAGCGCUCUUCGUCUUCAUCUACCUCUACUGCGACAUGCUGAAGGUGGCCUCGGCGCACAUGCAGCAGAUCCUGGAGGUGCAGCAGGCAGGGCUGGCAGAGGGCUGCCAGUCGCCCCGGCCCACCGGCGAGCUGAAGGCCAUGCGCACCGUGGCCCUGCUCAUCGCCUGCUUCACCCUCUCCUGGCUGCCCUUCUUCGUCGUCAGCAUCGUGCAGACCGCCUGCUCCACCUGCUUCCCCCAAAGCCCCCUGGAGAACUACCUCUGGCUGCCCGGGCUCUUCAGCUCCCUCCUCAACCCCCUGCUCUACUCCUACAGGCAGAAGGAUGUCAGGCUGCAGCUCUCCCGCCUGGUUGCAGGGGUGAAGAGGAGAAUCCUCCUUUGCCUGGGCAAUGGCCGCCACUUCCCUGACACAGGCACCAAGGCUCUGCCCACCGUGUCCUGCCUGCAGCUCCAGGGCUGA